GUGACGGAAAAAAAACGGAAUCCAUAAAAUAAAAACAAAGUCCCGCUCAGCUUUGGGAACUUUGACUGUUGGAGCUGUGUGGGAACAGCGGAGCGGCUGUUCCUGCUGCCCCCCCUCUCCGCUGUGGCGCUCCUCGGUUGAUCAUUAAUCGGCAGAUCAGACGACCCAGGAAGAAUCACGUCACAUCCACGCCGCCGAUCCGAAACGUGGAGUCGAACUUCCAGCGAGGAGCCGGACCAAGAUGAACCCCAGAAGAGGAGGCAGCGGCGGGAAGACUUUCCUCUUCACCUCCGAGUCCGUGGGCGAAGGACACUCAGAUAAAAUGUGUGACCAGAUCAGCGACGCCGUCCUGGACGCCUACCUGAGCCAGGACCCCGACUCCAAGGUGGCCUGCGAGUGUGUGGCCAAGACCGGGAUGAUCCUACUAGUGGGAGAAGUGACGUCGAAGGCCGUGGUGGACCUCCAGUCCGUGGUCAGGAACACGGUGAAGAGGAUUGGCUACGACGACUCGUCCAAGGGCUUCGACUAUAAGACCUGCAACGUCCUCGUGGCUCUGGAGCCACAGGCGUCGGAGAUUACUGACUGCGUGUUCGAAGGGCGGGACCAGGAGGACAUUGGCGCCGGAGAUCAGGGUCUGAUGUUUGGCUAUGCAUCAGACGAAACGGACGAGUGCAUGCCGCUCACCAUCCUCCUGGCUCACCGGCUCAACUUCAGGAUGAAGGAGCUGUCGCGCUCCGGCGAGUGUCCCUGGAUCCUGCCUGACUCCAAGUCUCAGGUGACAGUGGAGUACAGGGAUGACGGUGGCGCCAUGGAGCCCCUGAGGGUCCACACCGUGGUCAUCUCCGUGCAGCACAGCCCCGACAUCAGCCUGGAUGACAUUCGGCGCUGCCUGAUGGAGAAGGUGGUGAAGGUGGUAAUCCCGGCCAAGUACCUGGACGACAAGACCAUCUACCACCUGCUUCCCAGCGGGAAGUUCCUGGUGGGGGGUCCACAGGGCGACGCCGGACUCACCGGGCGUAAGAUCAUCGUGGACACGUACGGGGGAUGGGGCGGGCAUGGGGGCGGGGCCUUCUCCGGGAAGGACUACUCCAAAGUGGACCGGUCUGGUGCCUAUGCUGCUCGCUGGGUGGCCAAGUCUCUGGUCAAAGCUGGACUGUGCCGGAGAGCCCUCGUUCAGAUCUCCUAUGCCAUCAGCGUGAGUCGCCCGCUCUCCAUCUCCGUGUUCCACUUCGGUACAUCCAGCAGAGACGAGGACGAGCUGCUGCAGAUCGUGGAGAAGAACUUCGACCUGCGACCAGGAAUCAUCGUCAAGGAGCUCGGUUUGAAGCGACCCAUCUACGAGAAGACCGCCUGCUACGGACACUUCGGCAGAGACGACUUUCCCUGGGAGAAGCCCAAGAACCUGGUGUUCUAAUGGCGACUGGCGAACUUCAGCACGCCCACUAGGUGGUGCUAGUUGUGUCGGUCACCAAGACUUCAGUCUUGUGUGAAUAGUGUCUGUCCCCUGGAUGUUUUCACACAAUAAAGAGCUCACUUUGUCAA